AUGACGCACGGAAAUGAUGCACUCCUGGCGGCGGUUGGCAUUGCAUUCCUCGGUGCCCUGGCCACUGGUGCAGUCCUGCAGCUUCUUGGCCGCCUGCUGCUGGACGCCACUGACACUGUGUUUGUCUGCUGGGCGUGCGAUCGUGACGCCAACACCGCAACACGGGCUAACGUGGAGGAGGUGUUUGGUGCAGUUGCCAAGAAGCAGACUGUGCCCCCGGGCGGGGUCGUGUCACAGCCGCACGGCGGGUAUGCGUACGGCCAGCAGCACGUGGGGAGCGUUCAGGUGCAGGCGCCUGUUCAGGCGUCAAUGUACGCUGCGCGCAUCUGA